AUGAUUUGCAUUGAACACCAAGCUGUACUGCAGACAUGUCCCGAUCAUUAUCUUUUCAAUCCUGUUAUACUUGUAUGCGAUGAUCCCAAUGAGGUUGUCUGCUAUAGUGAUCAGACUACUACUACACCACUGACAACCACACAAAAUCCAAAAACAACGACCGAAGCAUUUACGAAAUGUGUGGGAGAAAAGUCUGGUACUACCUUCCCAUAUAUUGAGGACUGCCAACAGUAUAUUUUGUGCCUCGGCGACGAUCAAUAUUACAAAGCGAGUUGUCCAGUUAAUGCCUGGUACGAUCCAAAGACUGGCGAUUGUGGACGUGAUGUGUCGAAGACAGCUUGCCAGGAAGUUGAAACAACAACCACCGUAGCAACAACUACAACGCAAAGUCCACAAGAUCGCUGUGUUGAUCAGGAGCUUGGUGUCUCAUAUCCAAUAGUCACUGACUGUACCAAGUAUCUGUUGUGUUUGGGUGACGGAGAGUCUGUAAUUGUUGACUGUAUAUAUAAUGCUUGGUUCGAUCCUGCGACGGGCAAUUGUGAGCAGAACGUAUCGCCCACAGCGUGCCAGGAGAGUGUUAUCACUACAACAACAACCACAGCGCCGAAUACUGCAGGGACAACAACCACACUGAAGCCGUCGACAACAACCGAUCAGCCAGAUCCUAAGAUUUGUGCCGGAGUACCAAAGGGACAAUAUGUUAACUAUCCAGAUAAUUGCGGCAAAUAUAUAAUUUGUGUAGAGCCCGUGCCUAUAGCAUUCCACUGCAUUCAAGGAUAUUUCUUCAGUGCAGCACUGCAGCAGUGUGUAGAUUGGGCUCAAAGUGAUUGCGAAUCCAUUGGCACCACAAUGAUGCCACUCCCACCGACGCCUGCUCCUGACAUCUGCAUAAAUGGUAAAGGAAAUACACUUCCAUUCAUAGAAAAUUGUCAGUGGUUUAUUCGUUGCAUAAGUGAUAAAGUCUAUAUGAUGGGCGUUUGCGGCAUCGGCGAGUAUUACGAUCCCAUCAGUGGUGAAUGUGGUGGCACUGUAGCGCCCGACGCCUGUCUCCAGAGUUACGACCCAACUGCAGCAACAACAACAACAACAACAACAACCGCUUUGCCGACAACUACAACAAUGACUACGACAGUUUCAACAACAACAACGACACCAACACCACAGCCCGAUCCUUUUGAUCCUUGUGCGGGCGUCGAGGAGGGUGUCCUGGUGCCCUAUCCCAAUGACUGCACCAAAUUCCUUCAGUGUUAUUCGCCCAAUCCACUGAUCUUCAAUUGUGCUGAGGGUCAAGAGUUUAGUCCUUCACUCAAGCGCUGCAUGGCUCCCUGGUAUGCCAACUGCACCAUGACUGCAACAACUGUCAAACCUCUGACUUCUACUACCAAAUUACCUGUGACAACAACAACAACAACAGAGUCCAAUCAAUCGCCAAAUGACAUCUGUGAAGGUAAACCUGAAGGCUCACUAGUGCCAUAUCCGCACAAUUGCUCCAAAUAUAUUGUAUGCCAAGAGCCCAUUGCUGUGGGCUACGACUGUCCAGAUGAACUGGAGUUUAAUGUAGUUGUCAUGAGCUGCACGGACGCACAACUGGCUAAUUGCAUUGCAUAA